AGGUAUCCAAUUAAAGUGUUUUAUAAACCAUAAUCCACUAAAAUUAAUUUCAAUAUGAACUAAAAAACUCCUACAUUUCUAUUUAGAAUGGGCUCGUAUUGUAUUCAAACUAUAUUCAAUUUGACUGGUGUUAUUAAUUCAAAUUUUAUUGACUCAAUCAUGUAUUUACAAAAAUACACAAAUGUAACUCAUUGUCAGGUAUUUUCCAGAAGAGCUGUCUUAGUAGCUCCCAUAGAAUAUUCAACUGACUUUGAAGAGACUAUGUUCAGUACUUUAUUCGGCCAAUUUAAUUUAUAAUUAUCCUUAUUCACGUGGGUCGAUUGUUGCGUGUACAUCCCAUCAUCAAAUAAUUUUCGUGUUUAGAUAAUGGGAUUUUUUUACACGUCCAAAAGAAGAGACAGGAGCGCAGAUUCCUAUUCAUAGAAACGUACUUUGCACUUUGCACAGUUCGUAAUGUAAUAAUAUGUAACGAUAUGUUAUUGGUGUUGUCUCGAUUUUAAAAUAUAUCGUUUUGUUUACAUUCGGAACAUCCUUGUGACUGUGUCCUAUCACAUACGCAAACAACAGGUUGAUAAUUCAAUUUGAUCGUUGCAUAGUUUAAAUUCGCGCGCAGCUCGUUAAUUACAACGAAAUUAAUUCAAAUUGCCUCGCUUAUUAUAACAUGUACAUGCAAAGUAUCUUAAUAGAAUCUCCUGGGAGAUCUACAGCAUAAAAUAUCCGUUUAAUCAGUAUGGCGGAGGCCCAUUCUGCUGUGGCUUUCUCGUUUGCCAUCACCCACGAAGGGUUGAACGUGAACUUCGACAGGGAAGUGCUGCACUUGGUCUGGCAAUCGGGCAUUCGAUCCUGGAAGAAGAGGGUGGCUCGAUUUCAGAAUAGCAUCCACAAUGGGGUGUAUCCUGGGCAUUACAGAUACCUCUUCUUGUUGAUGGGUUUAGUAACAGCGAUGGCAUGGAUGGACGUUUCGGUGCCUUUUGAUGUAACUAACAAACUUUUGCGCGUUCUUCCAAGCGAUUCGAUGCUUUGGUUCAUCGCAGCCUGCUUCCUUACCUCCUUGUUGUAUUGGCUGACUGUAAUUUACAUCCUGAGGUACAUCCUAAAAUUACUGUUUAUUUACAAAGGAUGGAUGUACGAAACAAGGGCUAGAGGUAGUAAACCAUCUCUAAAAACUAGAGUGUGGUUAUUUUGCGUAAAAAUUUUCAGCGGUUGGAAUACACCGAAAUUAUAUAGCUAUCAAGGUUCUCUACCGAGACUACCUUUACCCGAUGUACAUGACACCAUGCAAAGAUAUUUAAGAAGCGUGAGAGCUCUGUUGGACGACGGGCAAUACAAAAGAAUGGAGAAAUUGGCGAGCGAAUUCGAAAAUGGCAUAGGCAAAAAGCUGCAACGCUAUCUCAUAUUAAAAUCCUGGUGGUCUACGAACUACGUGUCCGAUUGGUGGGAGGAGUACGUUUACCUCAGGGGUAGAUCCCCGUUGAUGAUCAACUCGAAUUUCUACGGUAUAGACGCCGUGCUGCUGCAUCCCACUAAGAACCAGGCCGCCCGGGCCGCCUCCACCAUUUACUCGUUGCUGGUGUUCCGUAGAUUGGUCGAACGGCAGGAAUUGGAGCCGAUUUUAGUGCAGGGUCUCGUGCCUCUCUGUUCGUGGCAAUACGAGAGGAUAUUCAAUACGACUCGAAUACCCGGUAAAGAAUGCGAUAAAAUUGUACAUUUGCUCGAUUCCAAUCACAUUGUCGUUUAUCACAGAGGCAGAUAUUUCAAAGUUAUCAUUUACAAUAGGAGAAUACUGAUGCCCUGUGAAAUCGAACGGCAAAUCGAACAAAUAUUGUGUAACGAAUCCGAACCGUUGCCCGGCGAAGAGAAAUUAGCUGCACUAACAGCUGGAGAUAGAACUCAUUGGGGCACCGUGAGAGCACAGUUAUUCAACAAAGGGGUUAAUAAAACGUCUCUGGAUACAAUCGAAAGGGCUGCAUUCAUGGUGACAUUGGAAGAUAACGUUCCUUACGAAUACGAUCCGAAAGAUCCGUCGAAACUCGAUAAAUACGGGAGACAUUUACUCCACGGUAAAGGAUAUGACAGGUGGUUCGAUAAAUCCUUCACUCUUUGCAUCUCGAGCAAUGGACGCAUCGGUUUUAAUGCUGAGCAUUCUUGGGCUGAUGCAGCUGUGAUGUCCCACGUUUGGGAGUAUGUGGUAACCGCUGAGACUUGGGAAACUCGAUACAACGAGGAGGGUAACACAGUAGGUAGUUCGGACAUGGUGCCCCCAGCCCCAAUCCGCCUGAACUGGGAACUUAAAUUAGAGGCCCAAGAAGCUAUCCAGAAAUCAGUACAAGUAGCAUCUGAUCUAAUCAACGACGUGGAUUUGCGUAUAUUCGUUCACGAUCACUACGGCAAAGGUUUCAUGAAGACAUGCAAAAUCAGCCCUGACGCCUACAUCCAAAUGGCCUUGCAGCUGGCCUAUUACAGAGACGCCGGCAAGUUCUGUUUAACGUACGAAGCCACAAUGACUCGACUUUACCGAGAAGGCCGUACCGAAACGCUUCGUCCAGUAUCCGUAGAAUCGGUCGCUUUUGUGAAAGCCAUGGAAGAUAAGAACUCGAGCCCUGAGGAAAGGAUCGCUCUGCUCCGAGCAGCUUGCAACAGACAUCAGAGUAGCUGCCAGGACGCCAUGUGCGGCAGAGGCAUAGACAGACACUUGUUCUGCUUGUACGUCGUUUCGAAGUACCUCGAAGUGGAUUCUCCGUUUCUGAAAGAGGUUUUGAGCGAGCCCUGGAGAUUGUCGACGUCUCAAACGCCCCACGGCCAGACGACUCGGCUCGAUUUGAAGAAGCAUCCGAAGUGUAUUUCAGCCGGAGGUGGAUUCGGGCCGGUGGCUGAUGAUGGAUACGGCGUGUCCUACAUAAUCGCUGGCGAGGAUUUGCUGUUCUUCCAUAUAUCUCACAAGAAAAGCUGUCCCACCACCAAUUGUCACCGCUUCGCGAAGAAAAUUGAACAAGCUCUGGCUGAUAUGAAGCAGACGUUCUUGGAUUACAAGGCUUCCAAUGGAAAGAUGUAG